AACAACAAGUACUUAAUCAGCAGUUAUAUGAACACCCAAUUUUGCAGAUCUCUUCAGUAUCUCGGCGAUCUUGUAGCAUUCUAUAACAAGUCGGUGGAAAGUUUCUCGUCUCUUAACAUCAUGGAAAUAGGAUUGAUGCUAUUGACAGUCCUGCUGGGUCUGGUUGUGUACUUCCUUGUCUGUAUGUAUCAGAAGAUGCAUUACUGGCAGAGCUUAAGAAUUCCGUGUGAAAAACCGCAUCCUCUUGAAGGCAACAUGGUGGGAGAACGUACGACAAUUUCGUCAGCCGAAGUUUUUCAACGGUACUACAACAAGUUCCGUGGAAGGGGACCCUUUGUUGGAUUCUAUUGGUACCAGCGUCCAACCGCAUUCAUCAUGGAGCCAUUUCUGGUCAAAGAAAUAUUGGUUAGGGAGUUUAACAAGUUUUCGGAUAAAAUCUUUUACAACAACCCAGAGGAUGAUCCAAUUUCGGGUCGGUUAAAUUGGCUCGGUGGCCAUAAAUGGAAGUCAAUGAGAAGCAAGCUAACAUCUACAUUUACCUCCGGCAAAAUCAAGUUCAUGUGUCCCACAGUUGUCAAAAUAACCAACGAGUUUAUCGAUGUUUUUGGUGGCAUGAUGACAAAGUCAUCGAUUGUUGAGGUCAAGGAGUUAUUGGCCAGGUUUACCACAGAUGUUAUUGGUACUUGUGCCUUUGGGAUUGAGUGCAGCAGUCUCAAGGAUCCCGAGGCAGAGUUUCGCGUAAUGGGAAUUCGUUCUCUAACAGAUCAGCGACACGGAUUUCUUGGAAAGGCCUUAAUUAGCAGCUUUCCCAAAUUGGCCCGCCGAUUGCAUAUGAAGACGACGCCAGAUCAUAUUGAAAAGUUUUUCUUGCGCAUUGUCAAGGAAACUGUGACCUUCAGGGAGGAAAACAAAAUACGUCGCAACGAUUUUAUGGAUCAGUUGAUUGAUUUAAAAAACAAUGCUCUUAUAAAGUCGGAGACUGGAGAGAGCGUUAGCCUGACCAUAGAAGAAAUGACCGCUCAGGCUUAUGUGUUUUUCAAUGCUGGCUACGAAACCUCUUCGUCCACGAUGGGAUUUGCUUUGUACGAGCUGGCGCAGCACAUGGACAUUCAACAGCGUGUUAGGGAUGAGGUCAACGAGGUGCUAGCUAAGAAUAGUGGAGAGAUAACCUAUGAACUUCUCAAGGAAAUGGUCUAUCUUAAUCAAGUCAUAUCAGAAACUCUUCGCCUUUACACAAUUGUACCCAUGUUGAAUCGUCUAUGCCUAGAAGAUUACGUCGUUCCCGGUUAUCCGAAUUAUGUUAUCAAAAAAGGCAUGCCUGUGAUAAUUCCCGCUGGUGCUAUGCAUCGCGAUGAGAAGUUAUAUCCUAAUCCAAACCGCUUUAAUCCUGAUAAUUUUACGCCCGAACGUGUGAAGAACCGUGACUCGGCGGAGUGGCUUCCUUUCAGUAUUGGACCUCGCAACUGUAUCGGCUUGCGAUUUGGCGAUAUGCAAACUCGUAUUGGACUAGCAAUGCUUCUCAAGAACUUUAAGUUCUCCGUAUGUGAUCAGACACCAAUCCCCAUGAAGUAUAAAAAGACUAGCAAUUUGGUAAACAGUGAGUCGGGAAUCUUUUUGCACGUGGAAAGAGUUUAAUCAGUUCAUUGACUUCAUAGCUAUAUAUAAGUAAUAAAUGACUCUGGGUUAUUGUGUGCAUA